GCUAACCUAAGACCUGAACUACAUCUCCCAAGGAGCAUUGCGCCAUCUGUUGUUCUGGAUGAGGCUGCGCCGGUCCCUGGGUGACAGGGCAGGAUGGAGGCCGGUUUUUUAACCUAUGAAAAUCAGAAUGUUCCAUCAGAUUACUUUGAACUUGAAGAACUUGAAGAACUGCCAGACACAGAUGAGCCAGUUUACAUUCUAGGAAGACAAUAUGACAUUAAAACAGAGAAAUGUGAUUUGCUGUCUGAUGUUACCUCCCGCCUGUGGUUUACAUACAGAAAGAAAUUUUCUCCUAUUGGAGGAACUGGUCCCUCCUCUGAUACUGGCUGGGGGUGUAUGCUGAGGUGCGGACAAAUGAUGCUGGCUCAGGCCUUAAUCUGCCAGCAUUUAGGCAGGGAAUGGCGAUGGGAAACAGACAUCAAACAGCCAGAAGAAUAUUACCAAAUUCUACAGUGUUUUCUGGACAGAAAAAACAGUUGUUAUUCUAUUCACCAGAUGGCACAGAUGGGUGUAGGAGAAGGAAAGUCUAUAGGAGAGUGGUAUGGACCAAAUACUGUGGCUCAGGUUUUAAAGAAACUUGCUUUAUUUGAUGAGUGGAAUUCAUUAGCUGUUUAUGUUUCAAUGGAUAACACAGUCGUCAUUGAGGAUAUAAGGAAAAUGUGCCGCUAUCCUUCUUACAGCUGGAAUGUGGUGCAUGAUGGAUCUUACACACACCAAAGUUCUUGGAGCAGAUGCAGAGACACAUCAGAGCAGUGCUCAACGUGGAAGCCGCUUCUGCUCAUAGUUCCUCUCCGUCUAGGAAUAAACCAGAUUAAUCCUGUUUAUAUUGACGCUUUCAAGGAAUGUUUUAAGAUGCCACAGACAUUAGGAGCUUUAGGUGGAAAACCAAAUCAUGCCUAUUAUUUCAUAGGUUUUUCAGGGGAUGAGCUCAUUUACCUGGAUCCUCACACAACACAGACCUUUGUAGACACAGAGGAAGCCGGCACAAUGCAGGACCAGACUUAUCACUGCCAAAAAAAUCCCAACAGGAUGAAGAUCUUAAAUCUGGACCCCUCUGUGGCAUUAGGAUUCUUUUGCAAGGAAGAAGCAGAGUUUGAUAAAUGGUGUAGUACAGUAGAAAAGGUAAGUGCUGAAAUAUUGAAGCAACAGAGUUUGCGGAUGUUUGAACUGGUACCAAAGCACCCUCCUCACUGGCCUCCUUUCAUACCGCCAACGAAACCAGAGGUUACCACUACAGGCGCAGAACUCAUUGAAUCUACUGAUAAACUGUUUGAUAUGGAAGAAGAGUUUGAAAUCCUUACCGUGUGAUGGGGUAUGUCAGUCUCUGCACUACCGGUGGACUCAUAACAGUAUAAGCUUUGCUAACCAGAAAGUGCCUCAAACACUGCGGAGCACAGAGCACAAUACUGGGAGCAGUGGACUCUUGGCAGGACUUCCUGCGCUGUUUGGAAACGUCACACGAGAGAUCUGCACCUGUUCCUUGCAAGCUCCUGUCUCUCAGACACACAGCAGAGUGUUUACAGUCUCAAUGUGUACUUGUAUUGAAUGAAGGCAUUGCCAGUGUACUUUGCAGUAUAAUAGUAGCAACAGAACGGUUGAGUAUCUCCUUUUUGCAAUACCUUAACCUAUACCAUUUUAUGUAUUUGUUUUGUCUUAACACUUACAUACUGGGUAAAAAAUGUCUGUCUUUUUCUUGCAAAAAUUGUUACACGAAUUUGGAUAAAUAUGUAUAUAUUAUUGACCCUUUUUCCACUGAGGGUGACCUGUGUUCUUCCCUCCAUGGUAAGGAGUAAUUCUAUAAGAGUAUGGUAAGAUCCAGCCAGCAUUCUGUAUUAUAUUUUUAUGUUGCAUUAUGUUGCAGUUCUGAAAAAUGUCUAAUGAUCAUUUUUUUCAUGAUUGGUAAGUAAUGGUCUUUUUUUUAUAGCUGCAAUAGUUUGCAUAACUUACUGACAAUCACUUACUGCACUUGUGCCAAGUCUCUUACAUAAACCCAUUGUAAUAUUAUAUAUGGGCAUACUGUACACAAAGACAGACAUUUUGUAUGCAACACAACAAAAUACACCAAAUGCCUUUUACGUUUUCCAUUUUCCGUUUAGCAGCAAAAGAGACAAAAGCUACAGUAGCUUGUUUUGCUUUUACACGUUUAUGUAAAAUACACCUGUCUUGUACAUAGUGUAGGCGGCCAUUUUGUGUGGAGAUCCAGUGCCAUCACAAAUGGCUGCCUCCAUUAUGUGUAGGCGAUGGGUAAAUUUUUUAGCUUGUUUUCUACAAAGAGCAGCAUAGAUAGGUAGCAUAAUUAUUUAUUGUGCAAUACGAUAUGUUUUAAACAGAUUAGGAUUUUUCUUCAUUAGGACUUUUUCUCCUAUAUUUACUUUGUGUUUAUGACUAUAUGUGAGAGGGGACAAUUUGGCGAGGUGUGGAGGAGUGUAAUGAUGCUGUGGUUACAUUUUAUUUUUUACUACACAAUAACAUUUUAUGCACUCAGGUUUGGUUUCUUAAGUAUGUAUAAAUAAAUUAUGUAUUAUCGCUCA